GAGUGGCGUUUUGUGACUGCUUUUUCUAGUAGUACAAGAGUCCAGUCGUUGUCCUAUUCGUUCCAAGUGGUCUGUGAAAGCACUUUGGUCUGCGCAGUGCAUUGAAAAUGGCACUUGAACUUUACCUCGAUCUGUUUUCACAACCUUGCCGUUCGGUGUUCAUCUUUGCGAAGAAAAACAACAUCCCAUUCGUAUUCAAAAGUAUAAAGCUUUUUGAAGGGGAGCAGUAUGGAGAGGAUUUUGGGAAGAUUAACAUGAUUCGCAAAGUGCCCGCCAUCCGUGAUGGGGACUUCACCAUGGGCGAGAGCAUCGCCAUCUUGAUGUACAUGGCGGAGAAGUUCCGCACCCCUGAUCACUGGUACCCAGCCGACCUGCAGAAACGAGCGCUUGUUAACGAGUACCUGUCUUGGCAACACACAGCCACCCGAAUGCACGGCUCUAAGAUCUUCUGGCUCAAGCUAAUGAUUCCAAAGGUCAUGAAGACGGAGGUGCCCAAGGAGAAGAUGGAUUCGGCCAUUGAGGACCUGGAGGGGUCACUGAAGAUCGUGGAGGAGAAGUUCCUCCAGGACAAACCCUUCAUCGCCGGAGAGCACAUCUCCCUCGCUGACUUGGUGGCCAUCGUGGAGAUCAUGCAGCCUGUGGGGGCGGGCAUGGAUGUGUUUUCGGGGAGGCCGAAGCUGACAGCCUGGCGGGACAGGGUCCAGGCUGCGAUCGGGAAGGAUCUCUUCGACGAGGCCCACCAGGAUAUCCUGUCCGCUGCCAAAACGGUGGAUUCCAUGGACAGCAGCAAGCUGGAGCGCUUCAAACCUCGCAUCGUGAAAAUGUUUUUUUGAGCUCCUUGCUUUCAAGCCAGCGGAGGGGGUUAAUGGUUCAAACCCAAACAGUUUAAUCAUAACCCCUUCCCUGUGUUUGUCUUCAGCUGAUUCCAGGCCAACUUGGGGAAAUCAUUAUUUGAAAUAGUUUGAAACUUUAGACAGUGGUAAGAAAAUUGCUCCAUAUUAUGCAGAAUUUUUAAAGAAACAUGUUUUCCCAAAUAUUCUGAACAAACUCCCAACUUCCACAUGAUUGAAGGUGUUGAUUAGUGACAUGCUUUGUGGAGAGUACUGCAGUGUUGUAUUCAAGUCUUACCGAUAUAUAAAUGGUAAAAAAUUUUCAAGAAAUAUUCUAGAAAUCUAGUUCUGGUUGGCUCUUGCAGUCUACCGCUGUGCAAGUGUUUGAGACUAAAGCCACUGCCAUAGUAUGUGUCAUAAGCCAUCAGAUUAACAUAAAUCUGAAGGACUUCACAGUGUGAAUAAGGGCCACCGGUUCGUUUCCCCUUGUCUUCUUGCACGGUACUUUAGUCCUCCGUCCGCUAGAGGUCAUGAUAGCCUCUUUGUCACUCCACAUCUCAAACAAUUAUCCCACUUGCACCACCUUGGUAAGUCUAGUUGAUAAAGUAACAAUGGAAGCCAGCAGACCCUGUGGCUUUUUGCAGCAUUUAAACUUCUGUCUAUGUUCACUUUCUUUUCUGAAUCACCCUAUAUUGAUCACUUGUAUUUCAGUGGUUAUCCUCCAGGGGUCCCUCUAGGCACUCUAACAGCACAGUCUACUGACUAAUCAUACAAUUGAGUUUCUAACUGAAUGAUUAGUCACAUGACUGUGAUGGAUGGAGGAUGAUCAUUGAAAUACAAGUUUAAAUCCCUGCAGGUCACAUGGUGGAGACAGACUGUUGCCUCUAAUUAUGAAUCUCUACUGCCGGUUGUAACAACUCACUGGCAUAAAAAUGUCAUAUUUUCCCAGAACCUUUUCCACAAAGGACACAGCUAGCCACCUUCUUUUUAAAUCCACUGUCUCCUUAAACUUUAUUUUCUUGACCAAUAAAAAAUGUUAGUUGAUCACACAAAGUUAA